CUGAGAGACAGCAGCUGCCUGUGACCUUUACCUGUGACUUUGAUUCUAACUAAAGCCUGGAUUGAUUUCUUACUGUACCAACUCCAAGAAUAAGGUCAGCAUAACUGAUUGACUGUUCUAACCAUUGGUUCAGUACUGGAAUCUUCAUCCUUCAGAGCUUCACUCAUUAUGUCCAUCCAGUCCUACCCCAAAGGGGCAUAUGCCUCUCUGAUGAGAUCCCUGAGGGAGUUAGAUCUUUGCGGUCACUGUGUUCCUAGUGAGCUGCUCCUGAUUGGAGAACAUGCUUUCCCUUUAGCAAUGAACAGCCGAGGCCAGGUCAUUAUGGCAGCUUCUCUGUACGGCUGUGGAAGGAUUGUAGUUCUGGGUCAUGAAGGCUACCUGACCACCUUUCCUGCUCUGGUAGAGAACGCUCUGACCUGGCUGAGAGGAGAUGGAUCUGAAAACAUCUCUGUGGGGUUGCACAACAGUGUCAAGUCAGUCGCUGAUAACCUGAGAAGAUGCAGCUUCCAAGUAGAAGUUGUGGGGGCCUUUAGUGACAACCCAGGAGUUGGUGUGUAUGUGACAGAUGCCUACAGUGUGGGUUCAGACCCAAAAGACCUGGUGGGAUUUCUGAAAGCUGGAGGAGGAGUGCUGAUAGGGGGACAGGCGUGGAGCUGGGCUUCAAGUCACCCUGAGGAGAACACGCUGCUGCUGUUUGAUGGAAAUAAGGUGUCAAGUGUUGCUGGGAUCUACUUCUCUGAUAAUCUGGGUGAAGUAGAAAACAUCCCUGUCUUCCCUCAGAUUCCAUCCUCCUGGAAGGCCUUGAGGGUCGCUAAGGAUUUUCAGGACGACUUAGAGUUCUUACUGGAGGGGAUUUCAGAGUUUGAUCUCCUGAAUGGUGUAGUAGCUUCUGAGGUUAUGGUCCAUGGCCCUCUUGCCUUCCCUAUCGGUACCACUGAGGAUAGACGAGCAUUUCUGGCUGGAGGCUACUAUGGACUAGGACGUGUUGUUGUGAUCACACAUGAAGGACUUCUGAGACGAGAGACUCUUGGUCCAUUUUGGAACAAUGCCAUUCACUGGUUGGACGAAGGCCGGAACGGGGUCGUUGGUGUAGUGCCAGAUCUCAACGAUGCCUUCAACCUCUUCUCCAAGUCAGACUUUCACUGUGAGAAGACAAAGUUCAGGAAAGACCUGAGUGUGUUUGUGUGCACAGCGUACAGCAAUGAGCAUGUGGAGGAAAUCCAAGACUUUGUAGCAGAGGGAGGAGGCCUGCUGAUUGGUGGACAUGCCUGGUACUGGGCUCAGACACACCAGGGGGGAAACACCUUGACAGAGUUCUCAGGAAACAAAAUCCUAAACAAAAUGGGCUUGAGUCUGCUGGAAAACAGAAUAUAUGAAGGUUCCUACGAGGCCCCAGAGCCCAGCCAGGCCAUCAAAGAUAACUACCACUUCCGCCAUCUUCUGCACCGCUUCGCUGAACAUGUAACUGAGGGACAAGAACUUACAGGACAUGAAGAGGAAUAUCUUAAAAGACUGAGUGAAGACUGUACCAAUUAUUUGCACAUGGAUGCUCAUGACUCCUCCUGCUAUACUCAGGUUGUGUCCACUCUCUCUACCAUCUUCAAGAUAACUGGCAUGCCACAGGUGAGUGAGAACUGCCCUGUGAAGAGUCCCAGAGAUCACCUGCUCCUCAGUGUGGGGUCAGAGGUGUAUAAGGUUUGUCCAGAUCCUGAUGCCCUCCUGCCCUACCUGAUCAACAAUAACCCACUGAUGCUAGUUGUCUAUAACCAAAGGAUCCAGAUUGAUGUUAAUACAACAGGAGGGGAGGAGUGGAUCAGUACAGGUCUCUACCUCUCUCCUGCAAUGAAGACCUACAUGUCCAUGCCAGCAGAGAUUGUCAACAAGGGAUGGAAGGUUCAGAUAGGCUGCCAGACAGACCAACUGAAUGCUGAAGAGUUGAAGAGAGCACCAUGUGUUCAUGAGCGAUUUCCUGUUACCUCAGACAUGAUGCAGGUGUGGAACCUGUGGGGGGGACUCAUCUACCUGGUGGCACCUCCCAAAACUCAAGUGAAGGGUCCAGAAGUGACUGUGCAGAUGGCUGUACCUGCACCAUACUAUAAAUCUGGUGUGACAACAGCAGCUGAUUGGUCGUUGCUGCGCACAGCUCCUUCACCCUGGGCAGAGUUGGAGUUUGACAACGUCAUCCUCACUGUACCAUCAGAUGUUGUCAGGGCCCUGGAACGUCCUGAUGAGGUGGCAACGCUCUGGAAUGACAUCAUGAGGAGUAUUGCUGAUCUUGCUGCCAUCCCACACAAAUUUCCUUGCAAAGAGCGUUUUGUAACUGAUGUGCAGAUUUCUCAUGGUUGGAUGCAUUCAGGUUAUCCUAUCAUGGCACACAAGUCCACAGCAGCUGAGCUGGUCAGUGUGGACCAUAUGAAGAGUAAAGGUCUGUGGGGUCCCAUCCAUGAACUGGGACACAACCAACAGAGAAGCUGCUGGGAGUUCCCUCCACACACCACAGAGUGUACAUGCAACCUGUGGUCAGUGUAUGUGCAUGAAGAUGUGCUAGGGAUCGACAGGACAAAGGCUCACCCAGCUCUGACCUUAGAAAACCGAAACAAAAGAGCUGAAGACUAUGCUGAGGGUGGCAAGAAUCUCAGCACCUGGAGCAUGUGGGUUGCUCUGGAGACAUAUAUGCAGCUCCAGGAGAGGUUUGACUGGGAUGCCAUUAAGAAGGUGUUUGCUGCUUACCACAACAUGAGCAACUUCCCCAGUGGCAACAAAGCAAAGAUGAAUCUGUAUGCUGAAACUUUCUCCCAGACUGUGGGGAUGAACCUGACUGGAUUCUUCAAGGCCUGGGGUUGGCCCAUAGAAACAUCCACUGAGGAGAAACUCAACAACCUCCCUCCCUGGAGUGAUCACCCCAUGGUCCAGUAUGACUGACCUUGAGCUUGUGGCCAAUUAAAGAAAAAUGUUCAUUUGGAAAAUUUCUUGAAUGAUAUUGUGGAAUAUUUUGAUCUAAUUCAUAGCCACAUAAUAGAAACUUGCCAAUUACGUAGGCUGUGUGCAUUAAUAAAAUAAAAUAUGGCUGUUAUUUCUGCAUGUUAAUAGUUACAUACAAUCACUAAUAAACUUGGUGCUGGCAGAUUUCUUCAA